AUGACCUGCGGAAGGGACGCAACUGCCGCCCACCGCCGCCCACCGCCCAACUUACCCACCGCCUGGGACAGCCCACCGCCGCCCACCGUCGUCCACUGCCGCCCACCGCCCAUCGCCCACCACCCACCACCCACCUCGCCCCCGCCGCCCACCUUCCCCCAUCGCCCACCACCCACCUCGCCCCCACCGCCCACCUCACCUCCAUCGCCCACCAGCCAACUUCGCCCCCGCCGCCCACCGCCGCCCGCCACUCAAUGCCCACCGCCCACCUCGCCCCCGCCGCCCACCUCGCCCCCGCCGCCCACCUCGCCCCCGCCGCCCACCUCGCCCUCGCCGCCCACCUCGCCCCCGCCGCCCACCGCCGCCCGCCACUCAAUGCCCACCGCCCACCUCGCCCCCGCCGCCCACCUCGCCCCCGCCGCCCACCGCCGCCCGCCACUCAAUGCCCACCGCCCACCCGCCCCCGCCGCCCACCUCGCCCCCGCCGCCCACCUCGCCCCCGCCGCCCACCUCGCCCCCGCCGCCCACCUCGCCCCCGCCGCCCACCUCGCCCCCGCCGCCCACCGCCUGGAACAGCCCACCUCACCUGCCAAUAACUAA